AUGUUGGCCAUCAUUCUUUUAGCCCUUCUUUGUGCCUCGGCCUCCGGCAAUGCCAUUCAGUCCAGGUCCUCCUCCUACAGCGGGGAAUACGGAGGUAAAGGAGGGAAGCGAUUCUCUCAUUCUGGCAACCAGCUAGACGGUCCCAUCACGGCCAUCCGUGUCCGAGCCAAUUCACGCUACAUAGUGGGGCUCCAGGUGCGCUACGGCACACAGUGGAGUGACUAUGUGGGUGGCACACAGGGAGACCUGGAGGAGAUCUUUCUGCACCCCGGGGAAUCCGUGAUCCAGGUGUCUGGCAAGUACAGGUACUAUGUGAAGAAGCUGGUCUUCGUGACAGACAAAGGCCGCCAGCUGCCUUUCGGAAAAGAUUCAGGCACAAGUUUCAACGCUGUUCCCCUGCACCCCAACACCGUCCUCCGUUUCAUUAGUGGCCGGUCUGGCUCUGUCAUUGAUUCCAUUAGCUUCCACUGGGAUGUCUACCCUAGCCACUGCAACACUUGCUGA